AUGGUCACUACUCGUAGUCAAGCACGCAAAAGAGCCGCCAUGGGACAUCAGCAGUCGACUGAAGAACCUACAAUGAGUUCCUCAGUCACGACCACACCCCGCCGUAGCGGCCGCAAACGAGUUAGUGGCAAGACUCCGAAAGCACAAACCAAAGGGAAGGCUUUCUCGACUGUAAAGUCACCUGCUUCGGUCAAGGGCAAGGGCAAAAAGAAGGCCGCUGGAGGCAAGAGCAUGCCCCGGCACCAAGUCGUAGUCAUGAUCUCGACACCCGCACGAUAUUCCAACCGAGGGCUACCCACCACUCCUAGAGCUCCACGAAAGUCUGAUGGAGGACCCGCAUUCAGAUCCAGCUUCCCCGACUCCCCCAUCGCUGCAACCGAUCCUUCGACUUCGUUGGAUGCACGAGUGGAAGGCUCGGAUAUGGAUAUGAUGGAUAGCACGAACGAUCGCUUCACGACACCUUCUCCCCAGACCCCACCUCAUGUCCGGUUCGACACUCGUAACCUCGUACUCAUCCCACCUCGUCACGACAGUAGCACUGGCGUGGCCGCAACGACGUCUUCGGGCGAUGCCAAUGCCAACGCUACCCCGUUCUCAACGAGAAGUACCCCUCGAUUCCUAAGUCCUCGAGAUAUCGCCGCCAGUAUCCCAGGGAACUGGGUCCGAUCCCCAGGUCAAUGCAGUCAGAGGCUUGUCGUCGUCCCUGAAGACCAAAGUCUUCGAGCACAGUAUGAGCGAGAAUUGCAAAGACAGUUGAGGUAUAAUGAGAUUUUUCAAGUGCAGUAUGAUGCCUUAAUUGGGGAUAGGGAGGAUUGCCAUAUGGUGUAUCGGGAAUUUUUGAGGAGUAGGGGGGAGUUGGUGGAUGAUGCGAUGGUAAUUUAG